AUGACAACAACAGCUACGACUGCUACAAACACUCCAACAAUUACUCCUACUUCCAUUAGUACAAGUACGACUAGAGUCCCAACGUCCGCAACAGCCAUCGCUUUUACGUUGACCUCUAAAAUUGAAACCACAUCGACCAAGCAAACGACUACACCAACAACCAUAACUACUUCUAAUCCGACCACAAUAUCGACAGCAACUACAACAAUAAUAUCAUCCACAACUUCGAAGAAAACGUGCAAAGACGGGACCAAGGCACGGGGUAAUUACGGGGUGUUUUAAAAAAAUGGAAUGACGGGGUUCAAUAAUGCAUCACGAUUACCAUAAGUGCAUUUUUGGCAAUAUUCGCGUUUUUGGUCAUCAUGCUAUUUUUCUUCCGACAGAGCUGAGCUUAAACUUUGUCGUCAAGCUUGGCAGAACUUAAAAAAAACAAAAAAAAGAUUAUAUUAUAUGUUUUUCUUCCGACAGAUUACGGUACCCGUGGCGGGAUACACAGAUUUUGAAUUUUGUCAAUUUUUUUGAACCACUUUGUAUGUACAAUAUACACCAGCUAAAAAGAAAUAGUCAUUUUCACUGAAACCUAAUCGCAGUGUUCAAUUUCAGAAUGUUCAAAUAAUGUCUGUCCAUUCGACUUCAGCAUACCAUGUCAACAAUCGGGAGAUAAGUCAUGGUGCUGUAAGUUGAUUAAUUUAUGAAUCUAAAAAUCGCCUUAGGCGACGAAAUACAAAGAACAACUCCUAAUGGUGACUGCAAAGACAAGAUUGCGGGAUGUCAAAAUAAAACUAAGAUGUGUGAAAACCCCGUAAGAACGCUGCUCAUACAGUAGUACAGGGUGGGGCAUCUUUGUGGCCCGAUUUGAAUUGGCUAUAACUUCUUUAGUUUUUGGCCAAAUCUUAAAAUUCUUUUUUCCCCUGAAUCCCCAGACAACCCCAUUUUGUCUGAUACCAAAUAUGUUAUACAUAGUAAGUGUCAUCUACAGUUAUUGGAUUUAUUCUUGGAGUUCAUUUUUUCGUUCGUUUUUCGGUUGUUUUUUCGGUCUUUCUCGGUGUGUCCGAAAAUGGAGUACGGUGCGGAAGAAAAAGCUUGGUCUGUGGUUUGGUACGGAAAGUACGGUUCGCCGAUAAAUUUUCAAAGGGAACACCGCAUGAAAUACGGACGUAUGCCCAACUUUCAGAUCGCAAGACAAUUCGACGUUCGUGGAAUAAGUUUCUUGAGACUGCCAGCGUCAACAGGAAACAAAAAAAGCAGGAAAGAUGGGUAUGAACGGAGUUGAAAAUUGAAGAAGUUUUGUCAAAAUUCCGAGAAAAUCCGCAUAUGAGUACACGAAGUUUGGCCAGAACCGAGGGAAUGCCUUCACCAUGGACCAUUCGACGAACUCUGGAGGUUGAUCUUCACUUUUUGUUCUUAUUCUCAUCGUCGAUUUUCGGAAGGGGAAAUUACACCGUAUUUUUCUUCCGCACCGUACUCCAUUGCCGGACGCACCCGGAAAGACCGAAAAAACAACCGAAAAACGACCGAAAAAAUGAACUCCAAGAAUAAAUCCAAUAACUGUAGACAUACACUUACUAUGUAUAAGAUACUUGGUAUCAAACAAAAUAGGGUUGUCAGAGGAUUCAGGGAAAAAAAGAAUUUUAAGAUUUGGCCAAAAACUAAAGAAGUUAUAGCCAAUUCAAAUCGGGCCACAAGAUGCCCCACCCUGUAUUUUUCCAGUUCUACGAAAAACUCAUGAGCAAAAUGUGCGCUAUGACAUGCAACCUAUGCAAUUCUCAAUACGUAGUAGCCACUAAAACAACGAAACGAUGGAUAAGUUGUUCAGACACAACAACAGAGUAAGUAUUUUUAGCGAAAAAGUCACGAUUACAGCUGUGCCAAGCGGAAGAAAGAAGGAUAUUGUGAAGACGAAAGCAUUUCCGUGGAGCAGAAGAAACAAGAAUGCAUUUCCAGUUGCUCCUUGUGCGAAUAA